AUCUUUACCUUUCCCUCUUCCCCUUCCCCGCCUGGUUUCCCGAUUCCGUUUCCUAUAGAUUAUUUAUUAUUAUUAUUAUUAUUUCGGUUCGUGAUCCAGAGGAUUGCAUUAACUUGUCACACACUCGGAAGAAAGGGACUAGGCUUAGGUACCCUGCGGUUUCCUUCACUCCAGGAGAGACCGCGUACUCCUCCAUAUCAGCCGCCACCACCUACUACUAAACAACGACAGUAGACAAUCAAGGGACGAAAUGGUUUCAUUCGAGGAGACAAAUCCAACCUUCCACUCGAUCCCGGAGGCGGUUGAGGCUUUCCGUAGGUUAUUUUCGAUUGUCAUUGAGUUUGUAGGAGAGGAAGAGGGAGACGGGCUUAAUUUGAACCUCGGGAAAGGCUUCCAGCGAAGGAAGAAAGGGCGCUCAACUGAAUCCAGGCUAACAAUUAACCCGGGGGGAUAACAGGAAAAGGGGAAUUCAUCGUAGUCCUCGACUCCACCGACCGUGAGAAUGAAGGCGACCUCAUCAUCGCCGCCGAAGAUGUCACUGUCGAGAAGAUGGCCUUUAUGGUCCGCUGGACCAGGUACCCCCCUAUAAUCCCCCGCUUAUAACUUUUUCCACCCGUCUGAAGGUUACUCUAGCGGCCUAAUAGUAGCCCCCCUCUCCCCACCUCUUGUCGAAAAAUUCUCCCUGCCGCAAAUGGUCCCAAACAAUGAGGAGCCGCACAGCACGGCCUUUACCAUCUCCCUUGACUCCCGUGACCCCAGCGUGACGACGGGGAUAUCCGCCUACGACCGCGCCCUUACGCUCCGUACGCUCGCCGACCCUGCUGCCACCGCCGCUAGCUUCCGGAGCCCCGGACACAUGUUCCCACUCCGCGCGGUCGAGGGCGGAGUGCUCGUGCGUAAGGGCCAUACUGAGGCCGCUGUCGAGUUCUGCAAGCUUGCCGGGAAAGCGGAGGCCAGUGCUAUCUGCGAGCUGGUCAGGGAGAGGGAUGGGCUGAUGAUGCGCCGGGAUGACUGCUUGGAGUUUGGGAGGAAGUGGGGGCUUAAGGUUUGCACUAUUGAGGGGUUGGUGGAGUACCUUGACAAGACCAAGGGGCAGUAGGAGGUGGGAGUGGGCUGGCAGAGGUGUUGGAUGUGCGUGGGAUAUUUACCACUUGGAAACGGAAUGCUUCUUUCUUUUCAUCGUUUCUUCCGCUUGGUGUUUUCUCUCUCUUUUUCUUUCGGUAUGGGUUAUAUCUGUCUACCGUUUGCUGGGUACUGUACAGAUUACAGAGAUGGGGUUUCUUGACAUUGCCGUUGAUUUCUUGGUCGAGUUGAUGUCAUAGAUGAGCUAUUUUCCUUCCUUCCUACCCAUCUGUGGAGAAAAUAGCCUGCACUCUAGAGUAAUUAUCCCCUCCCUCGCAGUUCCUUUCUGUCUUAUUUGUUUUGUUUCCGGGAAUGGGGCAUCAGGGCAGGGGAUUGCGCACAUGCAUUAUAUCAAUACACUUCCAAGUCAUUACAAGUUAACUUAAUUACCAAAAUCUCACUCG